UGUAGCAUCCAUGUGUCGCUCUAGAAUGCGUUUACAAUGUUGAGAACUGAAGUGUUUUUGUGUUCGUAGAGAUCUUGAGAUGUCUGUCUUUCCAUUCAUGUUUUUUCUGUUCUUCACAUCGAAGCAGCUACAUUCAUCCUCAGAAACACCUACAUUUAAUGCAGUAUUGCCCAAGCGUGUAAAAGCACUGAGUGGUUCUUGUGUGCAGAUCCCUUGUAAAUUCAACGUGUCUGAUUUUGAAAGCAAAUUGAAGACUGCAGACAGUAUUUUUGCUUGCUGGCUAAAGAAUACAGAUCGUUUCAACCUAAAGAAACCAGACAACAUAGUUUUCAAUGGUAGUCAAAACAUCAUCAGAGGAUUUAGUCAAAUAGAUUUGCUUGGAAAUGUUAGUCAGCGUGAAUGCACCACUGUUUUCUAUGACAUCAGGAAGAAUCAUUCAGACAACUACUACUUCAGACUGCAAAUGGAGCCAAAUAUUUUCAGAGCAACAUUUAUAUACAGUCCAGUCAACAUUGUUGUCUCAGAUGUGCCACAGCCACCUGAACUUAAACCCAAUGAUCUACAGGAAGUGAUGGAGGGCACAAUGGUCAAUGUAAGCUGCUCUGCUGAAGCCCCCUGUCCCAAACAACCUCCUUCAUUAUUCUGGUCAAACAUCCCCAAUUCUCCCAUCAUUACAACACAGUUACAGGAGAAACAUGAUAAAACCCAGUUAGUGUUUUCCCAAAUGACCUUCAAUGCUUUUUACAUGGAUCACAGAAAGAACAUCUCCUGCACUGUUACAUAUCCAAGAAAUACAUCUAAUGACACAACUGUGGAAACCAGCAUGAUGCUGCGAGUACUGUUUCCUCCAAAGGAAACUCAUGUCAUCAUUGAGCCAUCUGCUUCAGUCUCUGUUGGCACUAAUGUGAUUUUGACCUGCAAAAGCAAAGCCAGUCCAUCAAAUUACAUGAACUACACCUGGUACAAAGAUGGAGAGCAGAAACAUCUAGAUUUUGGAGAGCAAAUUACCUUAAAUGCAAGUAGAACCAGUGGAGGCCGGUAUUUCUGCAUGGCAAAGAACAAACAUGGAUCCCAGAAGUCACUUGCGGUCCAACUGAUCGUGGAAGGAUCAUCCAACUCCUUCGUACCUUUGAUCGCAGGUUGUGUCGGAGGAGUUUCAGCUUUACUCGUGUUGUUUUUACUGGCAAUGAUUUUCAGAAGAUUACUUCUAGCAAAGGCAUCCAAUAAAUCCAUUAUUUUGGAAUCUGACCUCUCAGAUCAGAAAAAACAAGUGCAGAUCAGCUCGAUUUAUGCUAAUAGUGCUAUCAUGACAAGUGAGGAGCAAGAGAUGCCAAAAGAUGAGAAUGAUGAAAUCCACUAUGGAGAGAUUGAAUUUCAAAACCUCAAAACCAACUGCACCCCAAUGAAAAACCCAGAUGAAGAAACUGUGUAUGCCUUGGUUUGCAGGGCAGAGAAAGAGAUUAACCAGAAUUAGUCUGCAUCAGUUAAACAUAGGUUACGAAUGAACAGUAGUAUGUUUUGUCAGAUUACAUCUGUUCUGUCAGAUAAGUGUAUUGUAGGAAGAUAAUAUUUAGCAACUUUAGUUUAAUUAGGAUAAAAAUCAGAAUUUAACUGUGAUUUUAAAAGUAUAGGACAAAACUUUUAUACUGUAUUUCCUAUCUGUGUAAUAUUGUUUGUUAUAUGUCUCACUGGGCUGAUAUUCAUUAUAUCCUUCUCUAGACAGAUUGUCACAUAGUUUGUGAAGCUAGUCUGUGAAGGCAUAAUUUUUGUCGUUUGGAACGCAGUGCCUGUAAAAAACAAAAUUCUUCCCAUUCAACCAGUUGUGUUCAACAUUAAGGCACACAUCAGACUUAAAGUGUGCAUUGAUACAUGGCAAUCAUUAAUAUCACUCCUGAUAUAACACUUCUUGCUGAAACAAAUGCAGGCACUCCCAGUAAAGAUGUAAUUUGAUUUAGUUAAAAAUAGUCUUUCCAUGAAUGCAGGGGUGUACUUCUGUGCAAUUCAAGUUUGUUUGCAUGUAUAUGAUUUGAUAAAAUGAUUUCUGUUUUAUAUCUACACAGGUUUUUGGAUUUUAUUAUAGAUGUAAAUCUUACAAAGCUUGUUUUAAACCUUCUCCACUAAUCCUUUCAUUUUCCUUCUCUAACUAAUUAGUUCUUAAUUUAUUCCACUGCUACUGUAUUUCCUGAGACAGUCAACAUCUGAGUGAUGAGGCCCUGCAUGUCUUUUCACUCUCAUCAGAAUGCUCUUUAAUUCUGACAUUUGUAUUUAGUGCAUAGUCAUGGAUGAACAAAAUCAUUGCAUACCAAGAAGAGUAAUAAAUGUAACUUUACAAUUGUUUAGAACAAUGUAUGCGUUAUAGAAAAUAUUGUGUAGAUUAGAUUUAUAUAAAUGUGGCUAUUUAAAUAUGAUUGAUUAAUUUGUGUUUUUCAUACUACAUUGGAGCCAGAAACUAAGGGCUCUGGCAAAAAAAAAAAAAAAAAAAAAAAGUGCUAAUGGAAGAGAUUUCAGCCAGAGCUGAUUGUGCCCUACUGAUUGUUGAUUGCUCCUAAUUGUACAGUCAAGUUAUUUGACAUUGAGGAACACACAAUGUGAACAAUAUUUCUCUUGUAAUUAACUUGCUGCAAAGUUUUAUUAGUGUAUAUUGUAUUUGCUGCACUGUCAUAAAU